AUGGGCGACUUUGAUGACAGUUGUUUGGGCGAUGGAUCCUCAGGCAACCCCAGAAGCUCAUUAGGUGACGCCAGAGGCUCCUUAGGCGAAGCUACCACAUUGCGCGUUGAGAACAAGGGGACAUUAGGUGGCGGAGAGUAUCGAAGGCACCCUGGAUGGAACCACAGUCAGUCAAGACGGGAAGACAGAGGCAUUGUUGAAGAAGGUAGGGACCCAGGAAUGAUUGGGGAGGCAAAGGAGGCCAAGAGGGCGAUGCCUAUGCGAUUGUUGGCGACGUCAUGGGAGGCCAAGAGGGCGGAUCCAUGGCACGAGGGAUGA